UUCUUUUUUCGCCGCCAUCUUGAAAGAGUCAAGAUGCCGAAACCAGUUUGCUCGAAAACCUUCACGACACCGCGUCGUCCUUUCGAAAAAGAGCGCUUAGAUCAGGAAUUAAAGAUCAUUGGGGAAUAUGGCUUGAGAAAUAAACGCGAAGUCUGGCGUGUCAAGUACACUUUAGCCAAAAUUCGCAAGGCCGCGAGAGAGUUGCUAACUCUUGACGAAAAAGAUCCUCGUCGUUUAUUUGAAGGAAAUGCCCUUCUUCGUCGGCUUGUGCGAAUCGGUGUGUUGGACGAGAGCCGCAUGAAACUAGAUUACGUGUUGGGUCUGCGAAUCGAGGAUUUCUUAGAAAGGAGACUUCAGACACAAGUUUUUAAAUUGGGUUUGGCCAAGUCAAUUCACCACGCUAGAGUAUUGAUUUUCCAGCGUCACAUUAGAGUACGUAAACAGCUUGUCAAUGUGCCAUCCUUUAUUGUCCGUCUGGAUUCCCAGAAGCACAUUGACUUCAGCUCAAAGUCGCCUUAUGGUGGUGGCAGACCAGGCCGCGUCAAGCGUAAAAACAUGAAGAAAGGACAGCAAGGUGGUUCAGGUGGAGAAGAUGAGGACGAAGAUUAGAAAUGGCAUAUCUGCAAGGCUGGAAUCAUAUAAGUAAUAUGUGAAUGUCUUUGUGAAUAUGAAUAGAAAUAAAACUUUCUUCAUUCAA